AUGGAUCAAGAUCCAGCCAUCGAAGGCGAUGCCGGCACCGAGGCAGCUGUGCAGCAAGGCGACGCGCAGCAAGAUGCCGGCGGCGCCCCUGCUACAGCAGUUCCGCAGGCAGAGCCUGCCAAGGUCUUUGACAUCUUCGAAUUUGUGAAGAACAUCAAGUGUCCCCCGCUGCAGAAGGCUGUGAUUAGCGAAUUUGAUGAGUCUGCCGCCAACAAUCCCCACCAGAUCCUGCGCAGCAUCUUCACCUUCUUGCGCACGGCGGGCGUGAGCGAGGCCGACAAGAUCCUGGUGCUGAACAUGGGCCACGAGCUGCUGUUUGCCUACUUCGACGAGCAUGUGGAUCCGAUCGGCGAGGCGGAGCAGCAGAUGGCACUGGAGGCACUCAAGAUGGUCUAUGUCGACGAAGCCACGUCGGAGGAGGUCAGGCGCGAGCUCAACAACGUCGUCUCACUCAUCUGGAAGCUCAGCGAGGAGAUCGACAUCGAACAAUCCCCCAAUCAGGUCGCCAAUCUCGGGCAGCUUCUGCGGUACUGCCUAAACCCGGCCACCCACACCGCCGCCACCACGCAGGCCGAUCGCCACCUGCUGGCCGAGCUCGGCCUCACCCUCUUCGCACGCAUCAUGCACGAGAUCCUUCUGCCGUAUCUGCUUUCGCACGAAGAAGGCGAAGACGAUGAAGAUGGACCUGCCCACUUCGUGGAAAAAGCGCUUUUCCCUCACCUCUCUAGCACCAUCACCGAUGCUACCGCUCCUCUCUCUCUCCGGAUCGCCGCGAUGAUGGUGAUCACCAAUGCCUUCAAUUCUGAGCUGCCUUCUUGCCUCAAUGGCUUCCUCGGCUUGAACACUUUUCUUCCUCAAAUCGUGCGGGCCAUCUCGGAGCUCAGCAAUGCGGGCGACUAUGAAAAGCUGGAGGAGCUCCUGCGAAGUUUUGACCACCUGUCGCUGCCUUUCGUGGUGCCGCACAUCCCCAUCUACGUGCAAACUCUGAAACACGCUGUCGUGCUGGGCAAGGAGGGCAACUUCCUUCGCUUCCUGGUCUGGCAUCUCAUGUAUCUGUUUCUACUCGCGGAGCCACGCAAAGAAGAGGUGGAGGAACAGGAUGAGUCCUUUGACGGGAUCGUCUACGAGGACGAUAGCGCCGAGGACGAAGACGAACACCACGGCAAGGACUCGCCGACAGCUGUCGCCGGAUGGGCGCUGUCCGCCGUCGUCAGAGCCUUUGGUAACGACGCCACCUCUGCCCAGUGCUGUACCCGACACAAUCGGAACUGA